UAUUACAACGAACCCGUUCACAGCGAUGCUAUCAACAUAUUGUGUUGUGCUAGUUCCAAUCAUCAUAGUUUUAAAUUUACCAUACUUCACUUCAGCUGAGAACUUAAAAAUUAUUGGAGGCAAUGAAACCACUAUCGAAAAACAUCCGUGGAUGGUAUCCAUCCAAUUUUUGAGUAAUCAUCUUUGUGGAGGGUCCAUAAUCAAUGAGGAUACAAUUAUUACUGCUGCACAUUGUUUCGAUGAAAUCUCUAGUGGGCUAACAAUUGUUAGUGGAUUUACUGAUCUAAGUGAAGCGGAAGCAUCUGUGAGAGUGAUGAGCAUUAUAAUUCAUGAAGAUUACGAUUCUGCUACCAUAGACAGUGACAUAGCAAUUAUGAAAUUAUCUGAAAAUUUGACAUAUUCGGAGAAGAUUCAACCCAUUUUACUUCCAGAGGAGAUUGUUGAAGUGCCUGAUGGUACACUAGUGAUAACUUCGGGAUGGGGUGUAACAUCGGAGGACGCUUCCGCAACUUCAAAUAUUUUGAUGGAAAUUGAAAUACCUGUUAUUGAUUGGAAUCUGUGUACAACAUUAUUACCAGUCACUGAAAGGAUGAUGUGUGCAGGAUACGUGAAUGGAGGCCCAGACACUUGUACGGCUGAUUCAGGAGGUGCUCUUGAGCUAAACACUACCUUAAUUGGUAUAGUAUCUUGGGGAAUCGGCUGUGGUGAAGCUGGUCAUCCUGGAGUUUACACCGAUGUUCGACGUUUCAGACCGUGGAUUAGAGAACAUACUGGGAUGUAGUAUUAGUGAGAAUUAUUAACUUUUCGAUUUUUUGCUUAUGUUUUCAUUAUUUUCCUCAAUAGAUUUUCUCAUCCCA